AUGGCGGCGUAUCACCCGUUGUGUCCCCUUCUGCAACGAGGUGUCAUUGCCGGUCAGGUAAAAAAAAGGGGUGACCAAUUUCACCGAGCUUUUGUAAUAAGCAGCCGAGUAGGUGGAACAAAGAAACAGAAGAAGCUAAGCUCCAAAACGGCGAAACAUAUCAACUAUGUGUUCGAGAAGAAGAAAAAGGCGGAUGAGGAAAGAAGCUUUAAUAUAAUAAAGAGGAGGAAGCUGAAGGAUGUGCCUUCUUCCCAGUUUCACUUCAUUUGCCACCUUAAACAUGGGGAAGUGCAAUCUGCGCAAAGGGGGAGCGUUUCGCUGCUAAGGGGGGCUCUUCCUCCCUCGGGGCAGGCACAGCUUCCCUGGGGAGAGAUUACCCCCAAUGGGGAAGCAACAAUUGGGGAAGACGACCCAAUUGGUGAAUUGCUCCCAAUUGGGGAGAACAGCACUACUGUGAAAAACAGCACUGCUGAGGAGGCGUUCCGAUUCUUCCCGCGCGGAACAAUCCGGCAAGACAGGAGAGAGAAAGACCUCAAGAACGCGACCGCGCUGAGCAGCAUCGUCCAUUUGGGGAGGAACAAAGACAUUUGCAACACCUAUCUUAGAGCCAGCCUAAUGAAUAUAUACCACGAGGAAAACCACAACCACGCAAUCCUAAAAAUGAUGAAGGAAUUACAACGCACACACAGUUAUAUGAACAGCCGACAGGUGAGUUUAAUUAUUUACAACCUCUACCAGUACUUCUUCAUCCAAGUAGUAAAACAAAUUUACGGAAAGGAUAACCCUUCUAACUAUGAAUGGUACUUAAGGUUAUUUUACGUUGUUGACGAUGGGUUUUUUGUGACCCCCCCGAAUAAGGGGGAGACGUACCAAAGUGAUAUGCCGGUGGAUAACAGCUUGAUGAGAAAUCUCCUCAUAACGUUAUGGAGAAAUGUGAAAACGCACAUGCAUUGUGAAGAUGACCUGAACACACUAAACAGGAUCGCUUUCGUUUACUCAUACUUCUCUGUGAAGGACAAUGCCCUUAUGGAAUUACUCAUUCGUAAAAUUUUCCAAUGCAUGGACAUGAAAAAAAAUAAAAAUAUAAAAUAUUUUUCGCUAGCUGCUUUGGCCCUCGAAAAGUGGGAAUUAUACAGCGUCAAGUUCAUGCAUGCGUACUCCUCCCUUGUGACAAAGACAAUUGACAAGUUGACAAAGAAAGGGGAAGACUUGCUCAUAAACCGGAAGAAGAAGAAAAAAAAAACGAAAUUAAAACAUGUUAACCUGUUCGAUGUGCACAAAAAGGAGAAAAAAAAAUUGCCACUCAUCAGUUUGAAAGACAUUCUGACUUACUUGUAUGUGCUGAACAGGAACGACGUGAAGGACAAUCACUUUGUUGAAAGGAUCCUACGAUACGCAAGCUUGUUCUGGAGAGAUGACUGCAGACCACAGGCAUGUAACCCCGGGGAAUGUGUCUCCCUAUCUGUGAACAAAAAAAAGGAAAGCUUCAACGCUGAUACUGUUUCGCAAAAGAAUAUGCUCCUAACAAGCCCCGCAUUCCGUAGCGCCCUCUAUGCAAAUAGGAAACGACACAAAAACAGGAGUAACAUGUUGACGCUUUAUGCAUUGUAUAGAAUUAGUAAGCGUGCUGCCCGUCGAAGAGAGACGCCCCUAAGUUGCUUUGCAAAUCGAGUUUGGCUGCACGGGAAUGGAGAGGAGGGAGGAGAAAGCAACUUACCGAUGCGUAAGGAGCCGGUCCAGCUAAGCAUAAGUAGUUGGAAGAACGGCCCGUGUGAUAACACGCCCAACGAGAACAGGAGUGCAUUUUCCCCAGCCGAUUAUGGGCCCGAGUCCACUGUCUUCAUCAACAAGCAGCGCACGUGGGUAAGUUUCUACAAAAAGGAGGUCAUUCCCAUGGCAAUUUUUCUUCACCACCUGACUCAGUAUGAUUACGCAUUUUUAAAAAAAAAAGAUGACUUUUUAAAAUUGACAAAACUGUACAGGGAUGUACUCCUCAAGAGUGACCUUACGAAUCUUCACUUUUUUUACACCCACAAGAUUGUAAGCGUUGUCAGAGACGCAGAUAUAUGUAGCAAUUUCCUAACCACGUUGUACACCUCUGCUCUCCACAAAUGCAGAAGAUAUAUUUCUUUAAAAAAUGCGGGCGUAUUAUCCGACGUGUGUGCUCAGAACGUAUGUGCUUAUGUUGUGAUCCUCUACAUACAAGUUUUGAAAAAUAAAAUAAAAGACGACCCCUUGACCGAAGCGUUAAGUGAGUUCUUGGUCAAAUUUUUUUCAACGUGUCGGCCUGAACAAGUCACCCCUCAAUUUUUAAUCCCUCCUCUGAAGCUGCUAAGCAUGUUAAACUCCCCACGUGAAGACAACCGUUACGUUGUACCGAAGACUGUGGACAUAACAAAUGGAGUAACAAACAAGGGGAACAAUGUGGAUGAGCUCCCAUCCUGCAAUACGAACGACCAAAUCGAUGAACAACAAAACAACGUUAAGUCAAACGGACAACAAAAUGCGUUACCAUCACGUAAGACCAAUUUGCAACUUUUAAACGUAGCAAUUUUGACAAUUUUAAAAGGGCUAAACUGGAACAACGUGGAUAAUUUUUUUCUGCUCAAAAGUUACAAAUAUAUGAACAGACUAGCUGGACAGAAAAAAAAAGCAAAGUUUUGUAUGAACAUGGUCAGGCAAAAAAAUCAUUCCUUGUGCAGCAAAAUAACCCACACGGUGAAGGAAAAAAUGAGCGGCUUCAAUUGCGAAGAAUUGAUGAAGGUCUACCUCUAUAGCGGAAACAACUUUAAAAGGAGAACUAUCCUCUUGAGGAACCUCUUUACAAAUUUGUUGCUGUCAAAUGGGGGGAUUGUUCACAGAGGGGAUAACAACUUUUUUAUGUUGUUUUUUAAAACCGCCUUAACGCAUUUGCACCUGAAUGAAGUGGGAAAAAAAAAAAAAAGAAAUAUAUAUUUUUUUAAAAAUUCGAAUGAUGUAAUGAACAAACUGAUGGUGCUAAGUAGGACUUAUAUUUGCACACAUGUGGACAGCAUGCGGAGGAAGCACGUGUACUCACUAAUCAUGCACAGUCUUCUCUAUUUAUAUUCACUUUUGCAAAAAGGAAAAAAUGAGAUGAAUUACCAUUCUAUGAAAGGCAACCCUAUUGCGCGAAUCCUUGUGGAUAUUGCGAGCACCACGUUGAAGAGGUGGACUUUUAUGAACGACGAAAGGAGUCUACUCAUUUACGUGUGUCUACUUUGCUUUCGCAACAUGGCGAGGAAAAAUAAAAAAAUAAAAAAUAUAUUUUUUAACAAAAAUGAUGAUAAGCAUUUUGUAGGAAAUUUGUUAAAAGUGUAUGCAGAACAAGUUGAACAAAUCUGCCUCUCCGAGUUUGACCGUCCCGCCACAACGUAUACGAACCCCUUGCUGCUUUUCCUUUUACUUAAACACAAAAUAGUUUUACGUCACCAUAGGAGCAGGAAAGAUAUGCGAAUUGUACAAAGACUGGUCGGAAGUGGAACCCCACUUCACCGCCUCAUACUGAACACAGCAAGUGACACACAAUUAAUGCAAGUUAUCCUUUAUGCGAUAACGAAAAAUUAUUCCAUCCUAAUGGAGGAAGACCUUUUGGACGAUUUGCAUUUGCGCACAAGUACAGUGCAGGAGGAGCCAACUCGGAACAGCACGACUUCCCCUUCCCACUUGUCAACACAAAAUAACCCCGGAGACGUAAGCGAAUGGGUUGAACUGAUAAAGCGCAUGUCAACUUGUGAAGAUCACCAUUUGGAUAAAAGCAUCCUUUGUAAUUUUGUUGCACGUAAGAAGUCCGUGGAGCAGGCUAUAAAAGUCGCAUUAAGCAUGAACGUGUCGGAAACGUUUUGUUGGUAG